CGAUCGAUAUCAAAGCUCGAGGAGGGCCGCAAAAUUUAUCUGCAACGACACAAUCACACAAGUCAGUUACACACCUACAGUAGAGUGUUCGGCCAUGGCAACACAGAAGCUAGCCAUGGCCGUGGCCAUCUCCGCCGCGGUCCUGGCCGUCGCCCUCGCCCAGAACUCCCCGGAGGACUACGUCAGGCUCCACAACGCGGUGCGCGGGGCGGCCGGCGCCAGACCGGUGGCGUGGGACGACGAGGUAGCUCGGGAAGCGGGGAAGCGCACCGAGCGCGGCUGCGGGCUCCGUAGUCCGGACGGUGCCCACGAUGACGGGGGCCGCCACCACAGGUAUGGCGAGAAUCUCUCCCGUGGCCCGCCGGAGAAGGCGUGGAACGCCGGCGACGCGUUGGGUGCGUGGACGGCGCCGGCAGCGAGGGAGUACGUUCAGGUCGUGUGGCCGGACUCCACCAAGAUCGGCUGUGCCCGGACCGUCUGCGGCCACAGAGAUGGCAUCUUCAUAAGUUGCAACUACGAGCCCGCUGUGAAUGAGAACAUGAGAAGGGCGGUACUUCCUGCCAUGUGCAGGUUCAACGUCAGUCGUUGCUUCAAUUGUACCAUAUGUUAGCCAUUGUUCAAUGCAUAUUUGUGUCACCAUCUGCCAGUGUACCCUAAAAACCUAUAGUUUUUUUUGUGUUGGCCUAUUUUCAUUAUCAACCCUCUGACUGAGAUUUGUGUUGCAUGGCUAAAGAUUUGUUGCUUUAACUCAUGCAAAAAGUUGCAUACCAUGAA